GUGCUUUUCUGAGAUAGUAAAUACCUGGAGAGCCGAUUGUUAUGAGAUUAUUUGAUUUUGCCACAAGGCUUAAAAACCGAAUAUUUUUGUUUUAUAACCAUUGCAAGAAUGUUUUAAUUAUGUUAUUGUUGCUACAUCGAACAAUGCCAGCCAUUCUCAAGGGUUAUGCAUAGCCCACAUGCACAGCUUAAUCUGCUUUUGGAGAAUCCAAUGUAAAAUGUAAUGUGUGGCAAACAUUGCACAGAACAUCAGCAAACAUGAUCUAUUAUUAUAAUUCGAUUAUCCUGCAACGAGCCAUUAAGCUUGAUAGGUCUAGCAUUCAGCAGACAUGGCAGACGUUUUGUAUCGCAAACAGCUACACCCCGUGGCCUACGUCAGAAUGAUAUAGACAAAGGAAAUCCAUUUCCCAGAUUUUCAGUUUUAAUUAACCUUACGUUGUUCACAGAAUGAUGAUUUGAUCCCCUAACGAAUAAACUUUAGAGCCGGUAGACGAAAUUUUUGGCAUGCCGGUAGUUUUUCCACUGACUUGCUUCACACACACACACACCAUCGCUAGGGUGAAUAAAACUAGACAAAAAACUAGAAAAUAGUUGAACAACUCACCGUCUGUCAAGCACCUCAUGAGAAGCAGCUGCUAAAAGUUCCCAUCCGUCGUUAUCAAUAUUGUAUGCCCUUCUUCAAUGUAGCGUCCUACCGUAAGGGUUAGUAGGAUUCACGCACGUUCAUUUCCUUCCUUGAAGGCAAACGUGUCUGUAACAGGCUGCAUAAUCCGGUAACCUGAUUACAGUUCCUGGCACCAACUUCCCGUCAGUCGAUGGCUGGUACUCGGGACGGUACGGCGUCACACGUUUCGCACCGAAAUGUCCGCCUGUAGUACGGAGACAAAGCGCACCGGUGUCGAUGCGGAACAACCCUCAAGAGAGCGUGUGUUGGAUUUCUACCGUAACGCUACUAUUCUGGUAACGGGCGGUACCGGCUUUCUCGGCAAGGUACUGUUGGAAAAAAUUCUCCGUUGUUUGAACGUUCGGAAGGUGUUUCUGGCCAUUCGCAGCAAGGAUGGACGAAAACCGACCGAACGGUUACAGGACUUGCUUAAGGAUGCGAUUUUCGAUCGACUUCGGUUGACUACCUCCAUCGACCAGCUGCUCGAACGCAUCGAUGCGGUAGAAAUUUCGCUGGAAGCAGACGAUUCCGGCUUGGGUAUCGACGGUUCGAAGGAAGCUCUACUGCUACAGGAAACUGAUGUUGUGUUUAAUGUGCUUGCGUCAGUGAAAUUCAACGAAAGCAUCAAGAACGCUAUCGACACAAAUGUGGGAGGGACGAGACGGAUUCUGCAACUUGCUCGGCGUAUGCAUCGACUGAAAGCUCUAGUGCACGUGUCCACGCUUUAUUCGAACUGCGAUCGAACACAUAUAGAAGAAAGAGUUUAUGCGGACCCGUGGCCUAAUCCCGACAGUGUGCUACAGCUAUCUAAGCUCCUGUCAGCCGAUGAGAUGAGUAAGUUGCAGCAUUGCCUGGUCGGUGAUCUCCCCAAUACAUACACGUUCAGCAAAAAGUGUGCCGAAUCAUUAAUCCAGCAACAAUUUUCCGACCUUCCGAUAGGCAUCUUCCGACCACCAAUAGUGCUUUCGACAUACCGGGAACCAAUCGCUGGCUGGACGGAUAAUCUCAACGGUCCAGCCGGUCUUUGCCUUUGGACGGUAAAGGGCUACGUGCGUGUGAUUUUUGGCAAUGGGCGUAAAAAGGCCAACCUAGUACCGGUGGAUUACUGCGUGAACGCAAUGCUAGUGGCGGGCUUUGAUGUAGCAGACCGAUCGAUAGGUCGGCAGCAGAAACCGGAACUGCUUGUAACUGGUGCAUGGGAAUCGAAGCAACUGGUCCCGGUAUACAACUACAUGUACGCACAAUCGACCCUCACCUGGGGACGCUACAUGAGCUCAGUAUCGAUGGGAUUCGACGGGUGGAUCAAGCGACUUUGCUGGAAUCAUGCGUAUACGAUUGUAUCGUACAGGGCACUGUUCCGAAUUCUUUCCCUCUGCUGCCAUACAGUUCCGGCCUGGCUGUUGGAUGUCGUACGAAAACUUCAAGGCAAACGUCCCAUCUAUCGACGAAUGGUAUCGAAGACGAACCGAUUCCUGGAAACGAUGGCAUACUUUGGGCUGCGAGAGUGGCACAUCGCAAACGAAAACGUGGUCCGUUUGCGGACGCUACUUACGCCCACCGAGGUAUCGAUGCUCGAAUUCGAUUUGUCCACCGUCAACUGGGAUGAGUACUUUCAGUCGUACAUUCCCGGCAUACGUCGCUACUUCCUUGCCGAGCCCCAUCUCAAGGAUCGACCAUCGGGCGUGAAAAGCGUAUCGUGGCAUCGAAGGAUACACUUUUUGUGUCAACUGUUCCACAAGCUGAUGUGGGUCUAUAUGUGCUUAAAGCUUGGCCAGCGACUGUACGUGGUGCGAAAUUUAUUUUCGAUUUUGAUAUCGUAAAGAUUUGACACACGUGACAUUCGGAUCCGAACGAAAAUGAACAAAACCAGAUGCGUGAAAUAUGUAUGGAGCAAUAACAAGAUCAUUGAGUGAGUUGAGUAAAACGAAAGGUUUGAGAGAAAAGAAAGGUUUCCAUGGUAAGUAAUUUUUAUGUCGAUAAUGAAAGCAACAUGUGUUUGAAAUUGUUCUUAUCUAUUUUUAAACAUAAAUUACAUGCAAGUAAAUUAUUUCUAAUAAAAAGUUAUGCAGUAAUAACAUUCAAUUGAGUUUUGAAUAUGCAAAAUAAAUAUAUUGCACGAAAAAUGUUGGAAGAACGUUUUUCUGUUAUGAAUUCAAAAAAUAAUAGCAAUUUUGUUAUGACAAAUUGUUCAAUAGCAAUUGAAAUUAUUCAACAGAAUGGCAGAAGUGACUUUUUGUCAGGGGCAGUAUUGAAUCGUGUGAUGGGUGAAAUGAAAUAGACAAAAUUGCUCUCGAAUUGACAGGGGAACGGCAAUGAACAUCGGUAGUCAGUUCGAUUCAAUAGAGCAGGCCAAUCAUCAUGGAAUGAUUUGUGGAAUUUAAGUAACAGGAGGAAAGCAAUCGGUAUGGACAGCUACAGUCACAAAAUAAAAGCAAAAGGGUUCAUACAAUCAUACGCUUCGUUUCAUUUCGCACAGAUUGAUUAGUGCUUGAUGCAAUAAGCUAAACCUAUGAUUUUCAAACGUUGGAUUAUCCUUCCAGGUAGUGUUUUCAGUACAGUGAACUAAUCCAUAAAACCGAAGGUAAUAGAAAUAACAGAUGA